AUAGACUUGGUCCCUUGGUGUGCACGGCAUUUGAUAGGUGAACUGCUGAGAUAUUACAGGAAAAGAUGAGGACAUUCAUUUUACUAACCGCUACUCUUCUGAGUGCCACGGCUGUCCUUUCUUCACAUCCAAAAGGUGACCCCGUGAACGUCGAGGUGAAGUGCCUCACCUACAUGAAACCCAAAAGGGCGGAACCGGGAGUGCCAACGGACGGCGCUGAUAAGAUUAAUGCCAUGUGCGCCGACCAGACCGGAGCAAACAAGAAUGCCAACAAAGGCACCGAAGCAGACUCCGUGCGGAUCAUCACAGAAGAAAUGAAGGACCACAAUUCCAACUGUGCUCUGGCAAUGGGCAUGGCCAAGAGAGGACAGCUUGACAAAAGUGGCAACAUCAAUGUAACGGCGGCUGCGGACACGUUAUCCAGAACCAUCGUUGCCAAUCAUGGUCCCAGUAAUCUGGCAGAGCAAAUGAAGCUGCAGGUCCCCCUGUGCGUCCAAAACACCACACAGGAACAGUUUCCGAUCCUGAAGUACCACGAGUGCCUGCUGGACGCUUGCAAGCACGCCCUCCAGUGAUUGGACAAUGCUUCAGUGUUUCGUAGAUAAAUGGUCUGAUUUUUUUUUUUUUUUUUAUGUUAAGCUGACGUCAGAGUACCUACUGGGAAGAAGUGCCUUUAUGUUAAGUUGUAACAAGAUUUAAAGUGAGAAAGAGCCAAAUUAUCCAAAAAUUCAAUUGUGGUCAGGAAGAUGAAACACACAUAAUAAAAAAAAAUGUUCUCACAAGAGUCGCACUGGCCAUCUGAGAAUAUGUUUCGUGGGAAAUAAAUUCAAAUAUGUUCUGUCUAAAAAUUAACGACCUGGAUUGUCAUACACAACAGCAGUCUCCAAACUUAAGGACCUUUUCGUAGGAAAUAAAGUCAAAUAUUUAGUCUCCAAACUUAAGGACCUUUUCGUAGGAAAUAAAGUCAAAUAUUUAAUGUCUAAAAUCACGACUCUGGAUUGUAAAACACACAGCAAUCUACGUCAAGCCUUUUAGAUAAGAUCGGAAAAAGCAUAAAUCAUACGAAUCAAAUUUUCACCCGCCACUUCACUAUCCAUGUUGUUGUAACUUCGAUGACACUAAAUAAAAAAUUCAUUAAUAAUAUAAUAAUGUCUACAUUGACCAAUAAAGACACCAUAGUGGUUUUAUACACAAUGACCAUUAAACACACCGGUUUUAUGCCAUAAAAUCAUAUUGCAUAUACAUUUGUUUUUUUAAUAAUAUUGAGGCUUUAAAAUUAAAGCAGUAUAUUGAGCAAAGAUUUUCUUUAAUUGA